GGCGACAAUCAACACAACAGAACACGACAGUUGUCAAAGUCAGAUAAGGUAGCUAGCAAGCUAGCUGAUUAAUUUAGCAACAAAACUGUAUUUGCAAAUUAAGAAUAAUUCAUUGAUAUUUAAUUCAGUUGCUAUUUCUCACAAAACUAUCAGAGGAUAACACAUUUAUACGUAGAUAUUCGGAACCCGAUGAUGAGUUACGCUGAAAAACCCGAGGACAUCACAAAAGACGAGUGGAUGGACAAACUAAAUAAUGUGCACAUACAGAGGGCCGACAUGAACCGACUCAUUAUGAAUUACCUAGUGACAGAGGGGUUCAAGGAGGCAGCAGAGAAGUUCCGCAUGGAGUCUGGGAUAGAGCCGAGUGUGGACCUGGAUUCCCUGGAUGAGAGAAUAAAGAUCAGGGAGAUGAUUCUGAAGGGACAAAUACAGGAAGCCAUUGCGCUCAUCAACAGCCUACAUCCAGAGUUGCUUGACACCAACCGAUACCUGUAUUUCCAUCUGCAGCAACAGCACUUGAUAGAGUUAAUAAGGCUGCGGGAGACAGAGUCUGCUUUGGAGUUUGCCCAGACACAGCUGGCUGAGCAAGGGGAAGAGAGCAGGGAAUGCCUAACAGAGAUGGAGAGAACAUUGGCUCUUUUGGCUUUUGACAACCCAGAGGAGUCACCCUUUGGAGACCUGCUCAACACGAUGCAGCGACAGAAGGUAUGGAGUGAGGUGAACCAGGCUGUGCUGGACUAUGAGAACAGAGAGUCAACGCCAAAACUGGCCAAACUUCUGAAGCUGUUGUUGUGGGCUCAGAAUGAGCUGGACCAGAAGAAAGUGAAAUAUCCCAAAAUGACUGACCUUAGCAAGGGCACCAUUGAGGACCCAAAGUGAAAACAGCAAUGACAUGGACACUUCCCUAUCUCCUAUUUAUAAACAGUCAGAGACUGAAUGAUAUUGUUAUAACAUAUAUUAUAUAUAAAAAUGAACAAUUGUUUUGAUGUUGCAUAUAUGAGAAGACAUAAUUCAUUGUGCAAACUGUAAAUGGCUGUAUUUUAAAAGUAACAACAGCAAAAAUAUUUAACAGAUUAUCCACAUUUAUAGGCAUCACAAAUGUCCAUUGUUGGUUUAUAUUUGGUUGCCUGUAAAGCCAGUUUUGGAUACACAUGGAUCACUGUCCCACCCAUCAUGGUGAAUUUAAAAUGGUUUUGAUUUUAUUUCUAAGCCUCUAGUUUAUUAUAUAAUUUACAUUUACAGUGUGGACUGUGUUACAUGAAAAUCAUACCUCUUAAAGGAAGAGGGGAACAAUCCUGCAUCACUAAAAUGCUUUUUGAGAGUGCAGAUUACUCCUCACCCUAUCAUAAGCUAUUAAUUGUCAUGUUACAUGUUUGUUGCAAUUUAACUAAUCAUUAUAUAAGGAUAAAUAAGGAUUUUUAUUAUAGUUGGCCGAUUCAUUGUCCCCUCUGUUUUGAGAUGCCUUUUAAGUGAAGUCUGUUUUACUAUGGAAUGAUGGCGUUUCACAUUUAAAGUGCUCUACCUUUUUUUCUGUAUUCAGAGAUAGGACAGAUGGCCACCUCCUAAAUUAGUGAGCAUUUUUGCUGAACAAAGCAUGCAUUGUUAUGUUUUGAAUGGCUUAAGGUUAGUAUGCGCCCAUGCCUUGUGUUGCCAGAGGGUUUUAAUAUUGUUGUUUUUUAACUCGCUGCUAAAUAUCCAUCCUUCCUUUCAUACAAGUUUUUAUUGUAUUAUCCGACAAUGUGAGCAUGCACAAAAUACUACAGAGCUCCCAUCGUAUUAUUGAUAGUUUUUAAGAUCCUAUUUGCAAUAUUUAAAUAAACAACUCUUUUUAGAGACAACUUG